AUGGAAUUAGCGGCUAACCGUGAAUGGUGCGGGCAUCCAUUUUCUAUUCAUUCACAAUCUUUAUUAACUGCAACAUGUAAUGCAAUACUAGAGGUAUUUAUCGUUUCAGUUGCUGUCGACCCUAUUGUUUUCUAUUCGACCACUCUGAAGAGUCAAGGUUUAGGGCAGUAUACCGGUAGUACUCAAGGUGGAACUUUGCUCUGGAUAUUUGGUACUGGUUUUGCCCGAAAUGGCUUCAGUGUUCUACCAUCUAUAGUAACUACGAAUAUAGUACAGCUAGUUAAUAAUUAUACUGUCUACGAUUGUGUCCUACAAACUGAAAAAUGCACUGAUACUCAAUUGGCAUGCUAUACCGUAGCGAUGCCUGCAGGAUCAUAUAUCGUUCAGAUAUAUGUUAAUGGGAUUUUAAUUCCGGCCUCUCAAUACAGAAAUCCGAGUUAUACAAUUUUUGUAUCGAGUGUGCGGAAUACACCAAUCAUUAGAGGCAUUUCGCCGGCAUCCGGUCUACCGCAACGAUUGGUUACAGUAUCGGGUGACUUCAAAUCAUCAUGUUAUUCACGCGAUGUUAAUGGCUGCUCGCGGGAUAGUGAUACACUUAUUGUUCGUAUCUACAUUGGCGGUCAACUUUGUAAUUUGAUUAACUCUAUCGAUGAUAAUCCCUACUCAAGGGUGAACAAUACACAACUUCAAUGCCGUUUUGAGAGCAAUGAAGUUGGAAUAUUUAACGUCACAAUGAUUGUUAAUAAUCAAUACGGUCGUUCUUCAACUGCUGUCAAUCUAUAUCAAAUGUCUGCCACUGGUCAGCUGUAUAAUUUUCGAAGUCAUGCACUCAUUUCAAAUGUAUCACCGGACAGUGGAAGCACACAAGGUGGUACCAUUUUGACUAUUAGUGGUCAAUAUUUUAGUAAUAGUAGUCGAUAUCCGGUGGAUGUUAAUGUGGGUGGCGAACCUUGUACUAUUUUGAGUUCAAAUCUGACUACUAUUCGUUGUCAAAUAUCUAUGGAACCUAUGGACAAUCGAACAUACUAUCACGGUGGUCGUGGUCUGCAUAUAUACAAUGAGAAUCGUUUCAUUGACCUGAGCACUCUAGGCAACGCGACACCUCCCAUGCCAAGUGUCAAUGCUACUAAGACAUGGACAGAAGAAGCUUCCAUUGCUAAUCAAUUUUCGUCGACAAGUACAGUAUGGCUUAUCGGACUUCUACGUCCACCAAUAACAGCUACAUUCACUUUCCGAUUGCAAACAUAUUCUAAUGCUAUUCUAUAUUUAAGCGCGGAUGAAAAUCUAGACAAUGCUAUCCAAAUUGCGAAUUCUAUUAGUUCAAACUUAGAGUCAGUUCCACAAAUACUUUAUAAUAAUACAAACUAUUUCAUGUUGUGCAUAAGCUCGACAUAUAGAAACUAUGUCCAAUUGUCAAUUAGUGCAAGUAUGCUGGAAGUAGCAUCCACCGCAGGAGAUACUGUUUCGAGUUCCAACACCAUUCAACAAAUUCAAAUUGGCAAUUCUACAGUUUCGGAGCAUCAGCAAAUUGUCUACACAACUAAUUCGAUAAACAGUGGAAUAUCUGAAGUUCAAACAAUUCCUGUUAUUACUCAAUCAUUUCAAAUAGGCUUCGAAGGUGUAUAUACAGCGAUGAUUGAAGGAGCAUCAUAUGCCAGCACUGUUGAAGAUGCUUUAAAUGACUUACCAAACAUUUAUCCUUUAGCAGUCUCAGUUCAACUUGUGCAUAUCACAUAUGAAGUGACUUUUCCGAUUGAAAUGGGUGAUGUUUCACUAUUAACCAUUAUAUCAACCGCAUUCAACAGUCCACAAAAUGCAACAGAAACAGUGCAAGGCCUUGCAUCAAAUACAAAACUGGCAUUUCGAUUAGAUGGAGCCACAACUAAAUACUUUGAUUUUUCAAACGAUGUUAUAACAAACACAAUGCUUACAAAUGCAUUUGAUCAAUUAUUUACCAUUCGAUGUCCACCAUCACUCAACAAUCGUCAAGCCAUAUCAUCCAUAGUCUAUGUCAAUGAAUUUGAAACCGGAACUGUGUAUAAUGAUUCAAAUAGCAUCACAGAUAUGGCAUUCUGUGGCCGAAAUGCACUCACGGCUGGCUAUCUGGUUAUACGGAAUGGGCAAUAUGCUGACUAUAUGUGUUUUGCAUACAAGGUUCCACCAAAUAGCGGUGGUUUUAGUAUGAUUUUCUAUGUUCAAAGUGACGGAGAUUCAUCGACCAAUACAUACGAGUAUAUAAGGAUACAGUUCAUUCAAGACGGGUAUUGGCAUUAUACAUGUAUCAAUAUACUCGAUACAUUCCAACAACAUUCGCCUACGUACUUGAGCGUAUCUAUGAUUCUUAUUAUGAGUGUGUAUGUAGAUACAUCAAUAUCACCUGGCAGGAUGUUUGAUACAGUUACUUUACGUAAUUCGAUGCCUAAUGGUUAUGAGGAUGAAACUGUUGCCAAUACGACUGAUCAAUCAUCAACAAAUCAAUGCACCUUUCCCUUUGUUUAUAACAAUCGAGCAUACACCCGAUGUACGAUUGAUGAAAGCAACAUGCCUAUCUGUGGUUUGACUUCAAAUACAACAUCCUAUUGUCAGAAUUCAUCUAUUGGAGGUGUCCGACGACUCUAUCCAAAAUAUCAACUAAUUUACAAUUCACUUAGUGUGACACAUUCAAGCCCAAGUCACACGAUUGACAUAUUAUUUCGUUACACGGCAUGUGCAUCCCCAACAUUGAUCGAACCAUUACCUUCCACAAUUGCUAACGUGACUUCGAUCACUAAUGCAUCGAAAGCCAUCGGUGGAGUUUAUGAUAUUAUGUUCAAUCAACGUAUAUACAAAUCGAUUCCAGCGAAAAUAACUGGAGCCGAUUUGACCAAUCUUCUUCAAUCUUUGCCUGGUUUCGGUUAUGUUGUUGUUGUUGCCGUAGGGGAAUGUGCAGCAUAUUCAUACAACAUUCGAUGGUUAGUAAAUGCCAAACAGCCACCAAUAACGAUUGUCAAUGCAAGUGAAGUGACACCAGUUGGAACACCACUAACAGUUUCAACAGUACAAAAUGGUAGUAGUAUAUUUUACAAGCUUCCCGUUGAUAUGUUACGAACAUGGCAUACAAUUCCUCAGGUUGAAGUUGUCGUUGGUGGUUAUUCAUCCUACUGUUCAAAACCAAACAAUGAUUGUCCAUUUCAAUGGUCAAUUCAGCAAACACCGAUUAUAUAUGCAGUAGAACAGAAUGAAACCACUAUUAUGAUUGAUGGCAUUGAAUUUGGUUCAACAGUUGAAUCGAAUUUAGUUUCAAUUGGUGAUAGUGGUUCAUGUAAUGUUACAGAAGUCAAUGAGACAUCAAUCAUUUGUACAAUUAUUAAUGCACCAUCUGGCUCACAGAUUGUACAAGUUUAUGUUAUUAAUAAAGGCUUUGCAUCGACUAACGAAACUUUCACAGUUGUCGUUCCUUUAACGAUAAUUUCAUUUCAUCCGGUUCGUGGAGCAGCUGGUGGAGGCUAUCCAUUAACUAUUAUAGGAAGUGGUUUUUCAUCAACUGCUUCAGUCACUAUCGAUGGAGGCCCAUGUAAGAAUUCUGUUAUAGUUAAUUUUUCAUCGAUAACAUGCAUCGUGCCACCUAUUACGAACGUUAAUAAUGGUCAGGCAGUUGUAACUGUCAUUGAUGGAAUGUAUGCUGCUAAUGCAUCGGCAUAUUUUGUUUACAAUAUAUUCAUGACACCAACCAUCUUGUCAAUAAGUCCAGCUUUUGUAAAUAUGAAUGGCGGACUAUUAAACAUCACAGGUGUGGGCUUCGGCAAUAGCUCAGUUUCAGUGUAUGUCGGCUCAAGAAUUGUUUCUGUUUUGUCAUCAUCUUCCAAUCAAAUUCUAGUCAACCUAAAUUCUUUAUCACCUGGACUCUAUCCUGUUACUGUCAAUACACCGACGGGUUUUGCUCGGCCUCUUGUCUAUAUAGAAUAUCGGUUUCAUGUGCAAAAUAUUUCCCCCCAAGUUGGUUCUUUGUAUGGUGGCACUGAUAUCUCUGUUGAAGGCGAAGGAUUCGACAAUUCCACAGUUGUCCGAUUUCGUGAUCAAGAUAAUCGUAUCUUACCAUGCAGUAUUGUUUCAAUGCAAUCGACUUAUAUUAAUUGUCAAACAACAUCUCUUGUAUCUCAAGUAACAAUUACAGCAAACGGUGUUGAUUUUGUUUGGUCACCUAGCCGUCAAACAGUGCAACAAGGUACUAUGGUCACUUGGCAAUGGAACUCUUCAACACGUCCGUCACGUCUUACAUACAAAGUCUUACAAGUAGAAAAUGUAUACAGUAGCCAACCAGUAGCUGACGGAUUCGAUUCCGGUUCAGCCACAGCAUCUGGUUCAUUUUCAUACCAAUUUCAUACAAUAGGCACCUAUUAUUACUUGUCUCCAGACGUCGAUUAUAGAGGAGGAACUUCCAUAAGAGGUAUCAUUGAUGUAGUUUCAUACACAAACAAACUGCUAACGGUAGAAGUGAUGUGGAAAAACUUCACUGCUCAAAUAUGUGUCUUCCCAUUCACGUUUCAUUCGGUCAGCUACAAUGUGUGCACAUCGGUGAAUGACACUCGACCCUGGUGUUCUCCAACAUCAGAAUAUAUGGGCCAACGACUCUAUUGUACAUCAGCGUCUAACACAUCAUGUUCGUCGUACAUUCUUAAUACAACUUCAUGUGGCCAAAGUACAGCUGAUGUAAGACAUCCAACGAGUUUCAUUGCCAGACUUUGUACAGUUGAAUCGAUCGUUUCCCUGUCACCCGUUGAAGGAGCUGCCGGGACAUUUUUAACAAUCAAAGGCCUAAACUUCAGUGGACAAAUGAAUGAAUAUGACAUUCAAAUUGGACCCUCAUACCAUUGUCCAAUAAUAAAUAUUUCAUCGACUACACUCCUAUGUCAAAUAACAGUAAACUCAACACUCAAUGCUGCAAUCAAUCAAAGUGUUCGCGUCGCUCGUGCUUGCCAAGGCUAUCUCGGAAGUAAUGGUUUGUUGCAAUUUAAUUUUAAAGCAUCGAUCUCAAGUAUUUCUCCGUCAAUGGGUUCAAUCUAUGGUGGUACUCAAGUAACAAUUAAUGGUGAUGGGUUCAAUCCAAAAUAUACACGUAUGUUCAUUGCAAAUGUCGACUACACGAACAUGACAACUGUAUCAUAUUCUCAAAUUAUCUUUAUCACUCCAUCGCAAUCAACAUAUCAAAAUUACAAUCUGACUGUGUUUGUUCUAGUUGGCAUAAAUGAAGCCACAUGCUUGACGCCACCAUGCCAAUAUUCUUGGGCAACAAGUGUAACACCGUAUUUAAAUUCAGUAAUUCCGUCAGUUACUCAAAAUUUGACUACAUUUACACUGAGUGGUGGAAAUUUCUUCGGUGGUACAGGAACAAUUCUUGGUACACGAGUGAAUAUUGACAACAUUGCUUGUAAUAUCACUGCAAUGACAAACGAAUCAAUCACAUGUUUUAGGACGGAUGUUGAAGUCGGUCGACACAAUUUUGUUGUAUCAAUCGAAGGCGUUGGAAAUACUAACACAUAUACAAGUGUCAUAUCACAACUGUAUAUAUCCAGUAUAUCACCAACAACAAGUGGUGUCUAUGGUGGCAUUAUAUUGAAUAUAGCUGGAUACGGUUUUUCAAGUGAUAUAGAACGAAUUCAAGUAACAAUUGGCUCAAAUUUAUGUCCUGUGAUACAGACCGCAAAUACUGAAAUUCAGUGCAUCAUCCCCGCUCAGCGCACAAGUACAAACCCGGCAGGUGUUUAUGUCGUUUCGAAUGGAAUCAGUGCUGCCGCACCAUCGUUAAUUAGCUAUAAUGACACAACUACACCGCAUGUGACCUCUGUUGAUCCUACAUCAGGCAGUACCUCACAAGUAUUGAAUAUUACAGGUGAAAAUUUCAUUAAUGGACAAACAACUGUUCGAGUUGGAAAUAGUCCAUGUAUUAUUUCAAAUCUAUCGGUAACACUAAUUACAUGUACUCGUGCUGUAGGCACAGCAACAGGCUAUUAUCCUGUCAUUGUAAAUGUUAAUACAAUCGGCGAUUCAAACGCUGAUGUAUUAUUUUUUAGUGAAAUUUCAAUUACUAAUGCAACACCGACGGAAUCUAGCUAUGGUGGUGGCCUUCUAGUCACAGUAUUCGGCGAUGGAUUCAAUGACACCAAUGUGAAUAUUAGUAUAUGCAAUCAGAUUUGUACAUCAUUAGUUAUUCUUUCUAAUAACGAACUCACUUGUAUUACACCGUCGAUUACACCUGUUGUAACAAAUACUUCAUGUAAUUUAACAGUUACCAUCCAUAAUGUAAGUAGCAGCAUACCAUUUGUCUAUAGUUCUGAUUUGACUGCAACAUUGAUAUCUGUGAGCCCGACAAGAGCUGGAACAGGAGGUGGAACAAUACUCACAAUCAAUGGCAACAAUUUUCCAAACUCCACAGAUGCAUUGCUAGUGACGAUUGCAGGCGUCAUAUGUUCAGUACAAACAAGUAAUAGCACCUGUAUAACAUGCCAGACAGGCAGUUAUGCACAAUCGAGCAUCAUAGCUCCAGUAAUGGUAUUUAUUAAUGAUAGUGGCUAUGGAAUUGGCCUAGUAAGCUUUCAAUAUAUUGAUCUUUGGUCGAGUCCGUGGACAUGGGGUGGAAAUGACCCACCCGAUACCGGUAGUCUUGCCUCGAUUGACAGUGGAGUAACAAUCUAUUUUGAUACAAUAACACCCACUUUGAAAGUCCUCCUCAUCGACAAUGCAACGCUAAUCUUUGACGAUGCACAAGAUGUGGCUCUAAAUACUGAAUAUAUUGUGAUUGUCAACGGUGGUUGUCUUCAAAUCGGUACUGAACAAAAUCCAUUUGAACAUCAAGCAGUCAUUACUAUGUAUGGACAGCUGCGAUCAAUCGAAUUACCUAUCUUUGGAGCCAAAGUAUUAGCAUUGCGUGGAGGUACAGUUGAUAUGCAUGGGAAAACAUCUGUUCGAACGUGGACAAAACUUAGAGCCACAGCCAAUAAUGGCUCAGUGACAAUUACUCUUUUAGAACAAGUCGAUUGGCCGAUUGGUAGUCAGAUUAUCAUUGCCACUACGGGUGAUUCUUUCAGUCAACAAGAGAGCGAAGUUCGUCAAAUAACAAAUAUAUCAUAUGAUGGAUUGACAUUAACCCUAAAUGAACCAUUGGCAUACACUCAUUUAGGUAUUUCAUUAGAUUUAAAUUCGACAUUACUUGAUAUUCGUGGCGAAGUUGGCUUGCUAUCACACAAUAUCAUUUUUCAAGGCUCCACAAGCAGUACAUGGACUGAAACAAUAUCGGCAUGCCCUGACGGGUUUAAUCCUGAUCCAUUUGCCGUACAAACAUGUUAUUUGGGUCGAUAUGGCGAAGAGAUUGGGUCUGAUCAGUUUGGCGCAACAAUAAUGGCUAGUCAAGACCUGUCCAUUUCUAAUGGCUCUCAACUAGUUAUUCUACGUUUAUCGAACGUUGAAAUUUUUAAUGUCGGUCAAGCUUUUCGUCUCAGCCGUUAUCCAAUUAAUUUUCACAUAAAUGGAAAUAUGAGUAUGUCUUAUAUUAAAUCAUCAUCAGUGUAUUUAUCAUUCAAUCGAGCAAUCAAUAUUGAGGCUAGCAAUUACAUCACCAUUGAAAGCAAUGUCCUCUACAAUAUUAUGGGUGAAGCCAUGUCACUUGAAGAUGGCGUUGAAAUUGGUAAUGUGUUCAGAAAUAACUUGGUUGUUUUUGUUCGAUCAAGUUCUAGUCUUUUGAAUGAAGAAAUGACGCCAGCUGCUUUCUGGUUGACUAAUCCCAAUAAUACUGUUGAAUAUAAUGCAGUAGCUGGUAGUACACACUAUGGAUAUUGGUACCGAUUGCUUAAUACAGCUGAUGGAGCGUCAUUAACGCAGUAUCCCAGUUAUGAGCCUUAUAAGCAACCAUUUGGCCACUUUUAUAAUAACAGUGUACACAGUUCGGGUCGAUUUGGUGUGUGGAUCUAUCCGCAGUACUCACCGAACAAUCCAGCCUUUUUUGAUGGAUUAAUCUCAUGGAAAAAUAACAAAGGCUUCGAAUGGGUCAUGUCAAGUAGGAUUCAAAUAAGAAAUGCACUGACCUUUGACAAUUUGGAUACGGGCAUAUCUUGCGUAACUGCUAUUAACUAUCAAGAAAUCAGCAUUCCUGGCUACAACAAUAGAAUAUCCUGUGGUGUGGAUUAUGACUCGUCUGUGACAAAUAGUGUUAUUAUUGGUGAUUCGGGUAUUUCAUUCAAUCCGAUCAUUCCAUCAACUGCUGGUCUAGUAGUAAUGUGGGAUCGUGGUCUUCAUGUUAACAACGUUGUCUUCAUAAACUUUCCAAGUAACCAAAUACCAGCUAUUUAUGGACCGACAAUCAUCGGUCAAUGUACUGAUCGAUGUGGAGGUUGGAUGACAGAAUUCUCAAACAUAUCGUUUAUUAACGUUACGCUUCGUGGCAAGUUUCGAUGGACAUAUGAUGGUAUAUAUCUCGAUGAUGAUGGAUCACUUGGCGGACAGCCUAAUUCAAUCAUUACGGCACCAGACAGCAUCAUGAAUAGCUCAUCAUCGUGUACACCGGUGCCAAACUUUGAAAAUGCUAUUCAAUGUUCGUCAUCAAUGGGUUCAUGGCUCCAAUUUUCAUUGACUACAAAUCCAUAUUCUUGGCAAUAUUCUAAUAACGGGCCAUUGAUCGUUUCUUCCGUUGAAACAAAUCUUUCCACCACUUUACCGUGGCUUGCACAACAACUCACACAUCCAAAGGGCUAUACAAUGACAUUACAGUCAAAUCAAACGUACUAUAUCAGUUUCAGUUCUCUCGCAUCGUGGAAUUCGAUAAUCUAUUGGGGCACUUUGUAUGAUGUUCCUCCAGGCGACUAUAUUAUCAUUCAACACAACGUCACAGGAAUACCAUCAGCUGCAGUAGGACAGCAAUCACUCGCACCACUCUCAGGAUCAAACAGUAGUAACGGUAAUUGGUACUAUGACAGUAACAAUACCAUGUUUUUCUAUAUUCUCAAAAACGUUGGAACAACACGAUGUGAUUUAGAUAUAUGGUUUCAGUUAUCGAUAUGUGCAUGUCCAAAUUGCAUUUGUCAGCCUGUUACAACCCCACCACAACCUGGUAACGAACCGAAUACGACUCAAACGAAUAAUGCAUUAUAA